AUGUCUUCCGAAUCCCCACGCUUAUAUAUCCACAAAGCUGUGACAGGUACAUACACUGCCAAUAUCCCAACUCCCACCGGUAUACCCAGCGAUCCUGCGCUUGCAGGAUAUGGCGAAGCCCAAGCCGCGGAACUUGGCCUCCAUCUAAGCACAGUGUCUCCACCCAUCGAACGAAUCUACUCCUCUCCUUUUUACCGCUGUAUCCAAACCAUCUCUCCUCUUAUACCACACCUCUCUUCCACCACAAGCGACCCUGCGACUCUCAAGAUCCGCGGCGAAAACGGACUCGGUGAAUGGUAUGGCACCGCUCGAUUCGAUCAUCCCAGUCCUGCAACCCCUGAGUUGUUACAUUCUUUUUUCCCAGCAUAUGACAAAGAGUAUGUGCCCAAGAUUAGACCUAGUGUUAAUGGAGAGAGUAUAGAUACUUUGCAUGAUAGAACAGCGUAUGCAUUACAUAGAGUCAUAGAAGAUGCGGAUAGGGAGGGUGUCAAGGCUAUUGUCAUAUGCACGCACGCGGCGACAUUGAUAGCAAUUGGAAGGUGUUUAACUGGAAGAAUGCCAGAGGAUGUUGGCGAGGAGGAUUUCAGACCUUUUACCUGCGGAUUGAGUGUCUUCAAGAGAAAGGAGAGUGGAGGUGACAUAGGAAAGGAAGUGGAUAUGUGGAAGGGUCCAGAAGAGAAAAUCCCGGAAGUGGGAUGGAGAAAUGGUAACGGUGUGGGUGGUGGUUGGGAUAUUGAGAAAAAUGGUGAUUGUAGCUUCUUGAGUGGAGGAGAAGAGCGAGGAUGGCGUUUCUCUGGAGACGAAUCAUUUUCUACCACUCCAGCCUUACCAGCUUUAGACGCUGGAUCUGCGCUCGGGGUUGUUAUCGAAGGGAACAAACCAGCAAACCAUCCUGAACCAUCUAGAUUGUAA